UUUGAUAUUAGCACCAGAAGUUGACAGAGCAGAGAAACAGCAAAAUGAAUGAUGAAGAUUGAUAAGCAAUAAAGAAAGAAAGAAAGGUGCAGAGUAAUUCGUGUAGUUCAACCACCACUCUCAUCCCUCAAUUUUCUUAACCUAUCUUACAAACUCAACCCAUUUCAAUUUCUGUUCUCCGAUUUCUCAGGCGAGCUUUAUUAAGCUCGCCUCUCCCAGAUCAUGGCCGAAAUCUUCAAAAUCCUCUACUUCUCCGCUGUCUUCAUCGCCGUUUUCCUCUGUGUCCUCCCGCCCGUGACAGCGAAUGACGUUGUCUCGACGGUUCUCCGGAUGCCGUCCCAGGUUGCCGGUGACCAAGGACAGAAAAUAUGCGGUGGGAUAACGCCGUCAUCGUGCCCUGUGAAGUGUUUUCGGACGGACCCCGUUUGCGGCGUGGACGGUGUGACGUACUGGUGCGGGUGCAGCGAAGCUGCGUGCGCCGGCGCACAGGUUGCGAAAAUGGGGUUUUGUGAAGUGGGGAACGGCGGUUCUGUCGUCCCUCUGUCUGGUCAGGCGUUGCUUUUGGUGCAUAUUGUGUGGCUCAUCGUACUAGGUUUCUCCGUCCUCUUUGGCCUUUUUUGAAAGAGGAUGUAACAUAGUAACAGUAGUAUACGUACGAAUAGCAUAUAGAGUUACGUAUUAUUGUACGACUAUGUCUAUACGAUGCAUAUGGCUAUUUUGUUUUCUAAGGAAUGUUUUAAGUCGUCGGAGAACAUAAUAGAAUUCAGAUUUUUAGA